CCCCGUCCCGUCCCGACGCUACUCCGGCCGAGCGGGGGAGGCGGCGGAUCCCGCUCCCGCUCCGCAUCCCGAUCCCGCUCCCAGUGUCCCGCUCCGGAUCCCGCUCCCGGCUCGAUCUGAAGGCGAGCUGCUGCAUUGGUAAUCUGAAGAAGGCAGUUCUCUGUUAAGACUGCAAGAAGAUACUACCAGCUGACUGGAGGCCAAGAACAGAGUGCAGCGCUGGCUGUAGGUACCUUAACAUGGGGAACCUCCUAAAAGUUUUGACAUGCACAGACCUUGAGCAGGGGCCAAAUUUUUUCCUUGAUUUUGAAAAUGCCCAACCUACAGAAUCUGAAAAGGAAAUUUAUAAUCAGGUGAAUGUAGUGUUAAAGGAUGCAGAAGGAAUACUGGAAGACUUGCAGUCAUAUAGAGGAGCUGGCCAUGAAAUACGAGAGGCAAUACAGCAUCCCAAUGAUGAGAAGCUGCAAGAGAAGGCAUGGGGUGCAGUUGUGCCACUAGUAGGCAAACUAAAGAAAUUCUAUGAAUUUUCUCAAAGACUAGAGGCAGGAUUGCGAGGCCUGUUGGGAGCCCUGACGAGCACUCCGUAUUCCCCAACGCAGCACCUGGAGCGAGAGCAGGCUCUCGCCAAGCAGUUUGCAGAAAUCCUUCACUUUACACUCCGAUUUGAUGAGCUCAAGAUGACAAAUCCUGCUAUACAGAAUGACUUCAGCUACUAUAGAAGAACUCUGAGCCGUAUGAGGAUUAACAAUGUCCCAGCAGAGGGAGAAAAUGAAGUAAAUAAUGAGUUGGCGAACAGAAUGUCUUUAUUUUAUGCUGAAGCAACGCCAAUGUUGAAAACCUUAAGUGAUGCUACCACAAAGUUUGUGUCAGAGAAUAAAAAUUUACCAAUAGAGAAUACAACAGAUUGCUUAAGCACCAUGGCCAGUGUGUGCAGGGUCAUGCUGGAAACCCCUGAAUACAGAAGCAGGUUUACAAAUGAGGAAACAGUAUCAUUCUGUCUGAGGGUAAUGGUGGGUGUCAUCAUACUCUAUGACCACGUGCAUCCAGUGGGCGCUUUUGCCAAAACUUCGAAAAUUGAUAUGAAAGGAUGCAUCAAAGUUCUUAAAGACCAGCCUCCUAACAGUGUAGAAGGCCUUCUAAAUGCUCUCAGGUACACAACAAAGCAUUUGAAUGAUGAGACUACCUCCAAGCAAAUUAAAUCCAUGUUGCAAUAACAAUUACCUGGAAUUCGCACCUGCUGUAGACAGUAUUCUGCAAUGACUGAGAUGCACAGAUUUAUUUUUUUUUUAGUGAUUGCAACUACUAUCUCGUUCAUUCUUGCUUUUUAUUUUCUCUCUUCCUGUUUACCCUUUUUUUUUUAAUCACUUUCUUGUUCCUAAGUAAGCUCAGACUUCUUUUCUGUGCCAAAUCAAAGAAAUUUAUCAAUUCUGGAAAGUAUUUCUACUUUUCAGAAUAGCCAUCCUAAGUGGCAGCUAAUUAUGCGUUGCAUUUGGAUUUCUCUGUACUGGGGAAAGAUUUGUGACUUGAACUAAAUAUUUUUAAACUUGUGGUUUUUUUCUUUUUUUGAAAAACUAAUAUUUAAUAUUGCUUCUUCUGCAUGGCAAGACUGCCUACUUCUGCUAUUUAAAAAUCCCUUGAUGACUUCAUUUUCUAUUGCAGCUUAUUUUCAUGUGCAACCAUGAGGAAACUAAAAGCAGAUUUGUUUAAAUUAACUGUGUUUGUACAAAAUGGUACCCAACACAAAAGUUUUUUUAAAUGAGUAAAAACUGUUUUGUUUAAAAGUUACGUUUGCAUUUUGACUCAUUUUUGUAAGGAUGUAUGUUGUAUGUUUAACCUUUAAUAACUAACGUUAAACUGUGGUGUGUGCGUAGCAAAAUUACGUAUGCAUGUUCAUGUCAAAUGAUUGGCUGUGGAUAAGAUAAUAAAAUCAGCUUUCAUUUUUCUAAGUGUGGUUUGAUUUACCAGUAUUUGAGUGAGAUGUCUUCGUGCUCUUUGGAUUUUUACAAAAAAAAUAAAUUUAUAAAUUUUAUAUAGUGAAAA